AUGCUAUCUAAAACUACAUGGGCGCUCACGAAAGGGAACGACAGUCUAGCAGGUAAAGCUUUCAAAGCUAAGUACGGCAACUUCUUAAACUCAUCCAACCGCUCCUUGGCCUCACCGAUUUGGAAAGGUCUCCAAUGGUGCAAAGAAACUAUCCAGGUAAGUACAUGUUGUACUGUUGGGAGCGGCUCUACAAUCUCAGCUUGGUUUGAUCCGUGGAUCCCAAGUAUGGACAACCACAAACCCUCUCCUAGACUAAAUGUGCUCCAAGACCCUGCCCUAAAGGUUCAUCACCUGAUGUUCUUCAACCCAAAGCGAUGGAACAUUCCGCUACUCACAACCCUCUUUGAGCAAGAUACAGUGCACAACAUUCUUAAGAUCCACCUGUCACAAGCCGACUUCGAAGAUUCAGCAACAUGGACCCCAAGUUCAUCAGGGAAGCAUUCUGUGAAAUCCUUCUAUCUCACGGAUCAGCAUAAUAGAUUCCAAGACCAUAGUGAUAUUGUUUGGAAGGCCAUUUGGAAUCUCAAAAUUCAUGAACGAUUUAAACUCCACCUUUUGAGAAUUGGUAGUGAAAGCCUCCCCUGGUUUAGCGAAGUGGAUGCUCCUUGCCCCCUUUGCCAAACUAGCUCCGAUACGCUUGAUCAUCUCUACGGAGAUUGUAUCUUCUAUCGUGUUGCUUGGAGGGAAUCACCCUGGGAUUUGCAAUCUAGCAUCCUCCCAAGCGCUAGUGUGAAGGAUCUCAUUAAUUUUGUUGCUUGCCCUCCAUCUACCCUCCUUCCUAGCUUUCCACCUAAAGUUGAAUUUUCUCUUUAUGCAUCCAUCACUAUUUACCUUUUAUGGAACUCACGAAAUGAUGUUUUGCAUAUAGGAAGGCCUGCUGACUUGAAUGUAACCAUCAAAAAGAUCAAAAGGUCCUUCGUGGAGCACAGUCAAAUCGGUCACUUACCGGAAUCGCAUCCUCUUCAACUCUCCGCAUCACAAAUUCCUACAGGGCCGGAAUGGGAUAUCCUAACUAUUGAUGCUGCCUGGAACUGCAACAGAUCAUGCCUAGCCGGAACUAUGCAGCAUCCAAAUGAUCCUCCAAUACUAUCAUGGUUCCAGGUCUCGAAUGAAGAAAAGCCACUUCAAGCGGAAGCUAAAGCAGCCCUCCUUGCGCUCUCCAUUGCUGGAAAAAAUGGAUCGACAAAGAUUUGGCUUCGAAGCGAUGCCCUACAACUAGUGGACGCCAUUUUGCACCCUUGUAACUCUCCUUGGGAGAUUAGAAGCAUAAUAGUUGAUAUUAUCUCAGCUCUUAAUUUCUUUUCUAGUUGGGCAUGUUCUUGGAUUCCAAGGUCGGAAAAUGUCCUUGCACACGACUUGAGCCAAUACGGCUCAAAGUCAAAUUUUCCUUCGCUCUGCUAUUUUCAAGGAUAUCCUGACCUUAGACAUUCUGUAACCGGCACUCUUCAUUAA